AUGGAGUUUGAGCUCAUGGUUCGGCACCCAAUUGCUUACCCAAUCUUGCUUCCUGUCACGGUCAGCUCCCUGCCUCUUAGAGAGUUGCUUGCUCCUCGGAGGCCCGAAGCUUUUGGCAAAGCUCCACUGGAAGAUACCAAAUAUUUCCGUCACCAAGAAUUGUCACGUGCGAACAUGAACAAAGGCGAUGCUGCUCCGACUAGGUCUUGUGCAGGGUUGUCGCAUCUGACUGAAUCGCACAUCCGCCUACUUGACCAAAUCAACAUAUCUUUUUGGACAACUUUUCCCAUCCCUAACCAAGUAGCAGUCGAAGCGAUUGCCCUCUACCUCAACAACGACUAUCCUGUUCUUCCCCUUUUCGACGCCGACUUGUUCCUCCGCGAUCUUGUUCACAACCAGCCCUACUUCUGCUCCGGAUUCCUGGUUGCAGCACUCCUGGCUUGGGCAUGCCAAGCCUACACUCCCAUGCACCCAGAGGCUGCCCAUUACUCUACGGCCUUUUUUGCUGACGCCCGAGCUCAGUGGAGUCAGUAUGGCAACCGUGAAUCUAUCACUCUGUCCAAUGUGUCUGCCUUGCAACUUCUCUGCAUGACUGCCGUUACCCAUGGAAAAGACGACCUUGCCUUUCAAUAUCUCCGGGAAGGACUGCAAGUUGCAAAAUCUAUGGGUCUUGUCAACCUGGCAUCUGGAGCAGAGCCAGCGGAUACGUGGUUCAGCGGCCAUGCGGACUGGACGAGAGCCGCGUCGUAUGUAGCAUGGGGUACCUUCAAUUGGGUCUCAGUCUUUUCGCUCCAAUACCACAAGUCUGAGCUUGAAUUUCCACCGGGGCUUUUUAUGCCAGGAGAUGUUGAAGCUGUCAUCGCCGCGGAAGAAGGUGACCAAGUCCUACCGCCCACCAACGAGGUCUUUAAUGCCACCUGUAAACUCUGGACAAUUUUCACCGCUGUGACCAAGGCUUACUACGGGCAAAACGACCACAUCUGGCUCGACCGAAGGAAUGCGCUCGACUUUGCAGAAGACAUCUACCGCCAGCUUCUGGCCUGGGCGGACGGACUGCCUCUGAGUCUGGUUCGCUGCGAAGGGAGUAGUCAUGCUGUCUUCAUGUUGCAUAUUUAUUACCACGCCAUCGUCACCGAUGUUUUUCGCCGCUUCGUGAACAUGACGGAUCAUUCCAGGUCGAUGCUGCGCACAUUCGGCACAGACCGGGCGACACCCAAGGCUGUGUAUCACGCCUCAAUCCGUCAAAUGAAACGCCUUUUACUCUCAUACCGACUCGAAUUUAGCUUGAAGGCAUCAUCAGUCCUCUGGCAGACGUGCGUCAUAUAUGUGGCAAAUGCAACAAUACGCGAUGUUGAAACCAACCGGGACGAGAUGCUCUUUUUCCUACAUCUAUGCUUGGCCGGUCUGAAAGAACUGUUUAUGUCCUACAGAGUUUUUGGCUCGAUCACCAAGGGAAUGCUCGGCAUAGCAGUUCGGGAAAAGGUUCUAAGUCACCAAGAAUUUUGCCGCUACCUUUGUAGGCUCAAGACAAUCGGAGAACGUUACAAGGUCAAAGACGACGACGACGAGUUGAGCGGAGUAAUGGCGAAGUGGAUGGUUGAUCUGAACCUUGCACUAACAGAUCCUGAACACGCCCAAGGUGGCAAGCUUGCAGAGCAGACUGAUCGCAUGAGCGAGGAAUGCCCAGAGGAAUGCCCAUCCCAAGACGAGAAGGUGAUUGAUACUGGUUGUUUCACAGCGCCUGGUGUCAAUGACUUGGAGAGUAGAUAA